AUUAAAAGAUAUUAUCGUCUGUAAAGGAGAAUCCAAAAAAAAAAAGAUCUUAGGCGAAAAACUGAAAUAAAAUAAAAAAAAAGAAAAUGAAAACCCGAUAGCUGAAGCACACAGUUCAUUAUCGCUCUCUCAGAGAACAAAACCCUAGAUUUUGGGUCAAUGAAUUUCAGGUAAUCAUGAAUCGAUGAUUGAUCGUGGUAGAGCAUAGCAAAUAAUAAUAAGAAUAAAAAUGUACAGAGAGCGAGGGAUAAGUGGGUCGAAGAUGGAAGUGGUGGUCGAUCGGAAACGAAUCAACGAUGCUCUUGAUAAGCAUAUUGAACGAUCUUCUCCUUCUACUUCAACACUAAUCAAAGGCAAGGAUUAUAAGUCUUUUCUCGUAGGGAAGCAGCAUCAACAACAAUCUCAACCGUCUGAUUUUAACGAUGAUCCAUUCUCCAAAAACAACAACAACAACAACGCCUCUGAUGAGGCAUCUGAAACAGACAGUGAAGAAGAGUCAGAUGUGAGCGGUUCUGAUGGGGAUGAUGACACAUCUUGGAUCUCAUGGUUUUGUAAUCUGCGUGGAAAUGAAUUCUUUUGUGAAGUUGAUGAUGAUUACAUUCAAGAUGAUUUUAACCUCUGCGGUUUAAGCAGUCAAGUUCCUUACUAUGACUAUGCCCUUGAUUUGAUUUUGGAUGUUGAAUCCUCUCAUGGGGAUAUGUUUACAGAGGAACAGCACGAACUAGUUGAAUCAGCAGCAGAGAUGCUUUAUGGUCUGAUUCACGCCCGAUACAUUUUGACUAGCAAAGGGAUGGCAGCUAUGCUGGACAAGUACAAGAACUGUGACUUUGGGAGAUGCCCAAGAGUUUACUGCUGUGGCCAACCUUGCCUUCCAGUUGGUCAGUCAGAUAUUCCUCGGUCAAGCACUGUCAAAAUAUGUUGCCCUAGAUGUGAAGAUAUUUACUACCCGCGAUCCAAAUAUCAAGGUAACAUUGAUGGAGCUUAUUUUGGAACAACAUUUCCUCACCUGUUCUUGAUGACAUACGGGCACCUCAAGCCACAAAAGCCGUCACAGAGCUAUGUUCCAAGAGUAUUUGGGUUCAAGUUGCACAAACCGUGACAGUGAAAGUUGGAAGCUUCUUCGGCUGAGAGUUUGGAAUGUUAAAUUUCAGAAGAGAAUCAAUAUCUUAUGUUCAAGUACCAGAAAGAAAAUAUGCAAUCAUGUUGAGGAAGUAGUCUUCAGAUUUUAGUUUCUUAAAAAGUAGUUUAGCUUCUUUCAAUUCUCAAAGUUGCAAAUUAGCAACUUUGUCUUUUCUUUCGUAAAGUAAUUUUACUUACAUCUCAAUUAGCAUGAGAGGGAGAGAGAUACUGGCAGUAUUUCAAAACUUUGUCCUGAGAUACUAUAAUUUUGUAAUGCUCUGCUUGGUGGUUGCUUUAUUCUAAGCAAAUGAAUUUUAUGUUAAUACGUUAAAUGUUGUUAGAGCACUGAGAUUUUUAUAUUA